AUGGUGUGGCAGGAGAUGAUGGGCCUCGUCGCCCGAGCUGCCGAAGAUGGCUCUAUUCCUGAUAUCACCGAUCCUUGGCCGGUCAAGGAUAUUGUCUAUGUCGCCAUUAUUGGCGGUCUCAUGUUGGCCGCUCUGCUCGAAUGGUUUCUAUGGGUUGCUGCAUUUUUGUACUGCAUCGUCAAGGUCUUCCAAAAGGCCGAGACAAUCAGCGUACGCAUCUUGUCCAUCUUCUUUGGCGUCAUUGCCAUUUUCUUGCCAAUCAUGGUCGUCACUUUGCCCCUACCUUCUCAAGUCACAAAGUACUUCCCUCAGGAAAUGGUUGAUUUCCUCCAAUGGUUUGCCUUCUGGUCCUUCGCUGGUCUGUUGACGGUGCCAUGGCUAUUCUGUGUCUACCAGCUUGUCACUCACUCUGUCGGGCGUACUCGCAGGAUCAAGUCCGUUCUCGAUGAGUCAUCUGCACCCAAGGUCGUCAUCAUCAUGCCUUGCUACAAGGAAAUCCCCGAGAUUCUGCUACGAACCUGCGACUCCCUGGUCGACUGUGAAUACCCGCCUUCUUGCCUACACAUCUUCCUCUCAUUCGAUGGAGACCAAGAGGACGAGCUGUACCUGAACACCAUUGAGAAGCUCGGUGUACCUCUCACGCUCGACUCGUACCCCAAAUCCAUCGAUGUCAUCUACCGUAGCUGCCGUAUCACCAUCUCUCGUUUUCCCCACGGUGGCAAGCGUCACUGCCAGAAGAGAACCUUCAAGCUCAUCGACAAGAUCUACAGCGAGUACCUCAAGCGGAACGACAACCUUUUCGUUCUCUUCAUCGACUCCGACUGCAUUCUCGACAAGACCUGCAUCCAAAACUUCAUGUACGAGAUGGAACUCAAGCCCGGCAGCAAGAAGAACAUGUUGGCUCAGACUGGUGUCAUCACAUCUACCACCGAAAAGAACUCGCUCAUCACACUUCUUCAGGAUAUGGAGUACGUCCACGGUCAAUUGUUCGAGCGUUCGGUCGAAUCCGGCUGCGGUGCCGUCACUUGCUUGCCCGGUGCUCUCACUAUGUUGCGAUUCUCUGCUUUCCGCAAAAUGGCCAAGUAUUACUUUGCCGACAAGGCUGAGCAAUGCGACGACCUCUUCGACUACGGCAAGUGCCAUCUGGGCGAGGACCGCUGGCUCACUCAUUUGUUCAUGAUUGGCGCAAAGGAGCGAUACCAAAUCCAAAUGAACACCGGCGCUUUCUGCAAGACCGAAGCCGUGCAGACCUAUCAAUCUCUGCUCAAGCAACGUCGCCGCUGGUUCUUGGGUUUUAUCACUAACGAAGUUUGCAUGUUGACUGACAUCCGUCUGUGGAAGCGCUACCCGAUCCUUCUCGUUGUCCGUUUCAUGCAAAACACCAUCCGAACAACCGCGCUGCUCUUCUUCAUUCUGUGUAUCUCUUUGAUCACUACCUCCCAAAAGGUCGCCAAUCUUCCUGUCGGUUUCAUCGCCAUCUCGCUCGGACUCAACUGGCUUCUCAUGCUGUACUUCGGUGCCAAGCUCGGUCGCUACAAGAUCAUGCUCUACCCUCUCAUGUUCAUUGUCAACCCUUUCUUCAACUGGGUCUACAUGGUUUACGGUAUCUUCACCGCUGGUCAGCGUACAUGGGGAGGACCUCGUGCCGAUGCUGGUAGCGCCGAUACCCAGACUAGUCCUCAGGAGGCUAUCGAAGCUGCCGAAGCCACUGGUGAUGAUUUGAACGUCGUUCCCGAGACCUUCAAGGCUUCUGCCGAAGCGCACAAGCACCGUCCAGGAGCCAUUCCCCUCCAGCCAUCAGACAACAUCGAAGGCCGCUUCGCCGCUGCAGAACGUCUGCCGAACGGAUGGUACCAGCAAGCCAACGACUCUGGUCUCACUCUUCCCAACACUCUGCCCCGCAACCCCAACGUCCCCAACGUUCCCCUGCACCCGCGUACUUCCAUGGACUCUUUCGCAUCUCACGACACCUCUGCCAACAACUCCAUCUACAUGCCCCGCCGUCAAACGCAAAAGCCUGCUGGUGGAGCCUUCUUCGAAGAGGCACGACAGGGACAAUACGAUGUCGGCGUUGGCGCUAGCAAGGGCAACUACAGCGAGUCUAUUGAUUCUAUCGACGAUGACUCAGUAUACCAGGUGAAGGGCUCGAAAGGACCUGCACAAAUGCGUAUGAACAACGAUAACCCCUACGGUGUUCAUCAACCGUCUCGCACAUCGCCUCUCUCCGCUGAGCCUAAGACUAGCGGACUUGAGUCGCCAAAGCCGUCGUACAACAGGACAAACAGUUCAGACAUGCGCCAGGGUCGUAGCCCUCUUGCUCGUCAGAGCUAUAUCCGCACAGCACCGGGUGAAAACAUUGAACUCCAGGCUCCUCAACAAAGCAGCCUUAUGCGCGAAGCAUCACCCGCGCCACUCGGCCAAACUGCUGCACCACAACACGAGCGCAGCGAUUCAUCAGACUCGAAGAAGCGAAAGCGUCUUAGCAAGCAGAAGCCUAGCAAAUAG